AUGGGCAGGCUCAUCAAAAACCACUGGGCGCGAUUAAUUAUCCUGACGGCCUCGGCCUAUCAAAUUGCAGGCGCGAUCGAGGGCUUCAUCUGGCCAAAGGUCUUUUGGGACUUUAUUUCAAAGAACCUUGAUGCCGCCGUUUCACCGAUUCCAGUCCUACAGACCCUCAAUCUAGUCAUGGGUCUCAUUGGUUUGGCCUGGGAGUGGCCUCUACGACCAUUAGCCGGAUCAUUACCGCAUCGCAGCAUCGAACUCCGACUUGUCGUAUACCCUCUCAGCGCUCUAUUCGCAGCCCUGCUCUACCAAGGGACCGAUCCCGCGUUGUAUUAUCUGAUUGGCAUCGGGGUGUAUUUUUGGGCUUUCAGUGAAGGCGAGAUCGUUUGUCCGGAACCAUGGACAUUGCCCAAGCGGUCGAGUGUACUCAAAGCUUAG